AUGUGCCCGGCAGCACAGGCGAAGAGCACCCCACCGGGGAGACUGGACGAGAGCCAAGGGGCCCCUGGAAACGUGUGGUACCAGGAGCUCAUCAUGCUGAGGCCAGGGCAGUCGGGCCAGCAGGUGGCCCUGAGAAGGACCCAGGAGCUCUCCAAAUCGAAUUGCUGUGACCCCUUCAUGGUGGCUGACUUGGACAAGCUGGUGAGCCGCCACUGGGCCUUCUGCCGGGCCCUGCCUCGGGUCACACCCUUCUACGCGGUCAAGUGCAAUAACAGCCCCUGGGUGCUGCGCAUCCUGGCAGCCCUGGGCACCGGCUUCGACUGUGCCAGCCAGAUGGAGCUGGAGCAGGUGCUGGGCCUGGGUGUGUCCCCGUCACGCAUCAUCUACGCCAACCCCUGCAAGGCCAUCUCCUCCAUCCAGUACGCUGCCCGCCACGGGGUGCAGCUGAUGACCUUUGACAGCGAGGAGGAGCUGGCCAAGGUGGCCCAGUACCACCCCGAGGCCAGGCUGGUCCUCCGGCUAUGGACCCACGACACCAACAGCACCUUCCAGCUGAGUUCCAAGUUUGGGGCUCGACGGCAGAAGUGGGAGCACCUGUUCCAGUCUGCCAGAGACCUGGGGCUGGCUGUGGUGGGGGUCAGCUUCCACGUGGGCUCCGACUGUCAGAGCGCCCACACCUUCACCCAGGCCCUGGAAGACUGUCGGCACGUGAUUGAAAUGGGCCGCAGGAUGGGGUGUGACAUGAGCCUCCUGGACAUCGGAGGGGGUUUCCCUGGAAAGGAGGGCUCAGAGCCCAAGUUUGAGGAGAUGGCGAGUGUCAUCAAUGACUGCCUGAGCCGAGACUUCCCUGAGCGGGACGGUGUGGCCAUUAUCUCCGAGCCCGGCCGCUUCUACGCUGAGUCUGUGUUCAUAGCUGCUGUCAACAUCAUUGCCAAGAAGGUUGAGUCGGAACCAGGUGGCCACCGCAAGUUCAUGUACUACCUUAGUGAGGGCCACUACGGCAGCUUCCGUAUCCUGCUGAGAGAACGCGACCCCAGGAGACCCAUCGUGGCGAAGGAACUGAGCUCUGACGCUCCCCUCUUCCCCUGCACCCUCUUUGGCCCCACGUGCGACUCCAUGGACCUGCUCUCCAGGGAGGAGGUGCAGCUGCCUGAACUGGACGUGGGCGACUGGCUGCUCUUCCCCUCCAUGGGUGCCUACACGUGUGUCAUGAGCUCCACCUUCAACGGCUUCCUGCCAGCCUCCAUCUGCUAUGCCAUGGGGCCUGCUGUCAGGAGCCUGCUGGAGACAACCCCUUAA